AUGGUAGGUUCUGGGCAGCAGAAAACCUGCGGCGGUGGCUCCGGAAGCGCCAAGUGGCAGCAGCGCCUCCGAGACAUUGCCCAGGUCUGGGUGGAAGGCCCCGGUGAACCGUUUGUGUUGGCUCCGCAGGUGUUUCCGCAGUCCUGCGUCUGGUAUGGAGAGUGUGGGAUUGCUUCUGGAGACAAGAGGUACAACUGCGAGUAUUCCGGGCCCCCGCAGGCACUGCCGAAGGACGGGUAUGACUUAGUGCAGGAACUCUGUCCGGGGUUCUUCUUCGGCAACGUCAGCCUCUGCUGUGAUGUGCAGCAGCUCCGGACCCUGAAAGACAACCUGCAGCUGCCUCUCCAGUUUCUGUCCAGAUGUCCAUCCUGUUUUUAUAACCUGAUGAACUUGUUUUGUGAGCUGACGUGUAGCCCUCGACAAAGCCAGUUUCUGAACGUUACAGAAACCGAAGAGUAUGUGGACCCUGUUACCCACGAGAAUAAAACAAACGUGAAGGAAUUACAGUACUAUGUUGGAGAGAGUUUUGCCAAUGCCAUGUACAACGCCUGCAGGGACGUGGAGGCCCCCUCGAGCAACGACAAGGCCCUGGGGCUCCUGUGUGGGAAGGAGGCCGCAGCCUGCAACGCCACCAACUGGAUCGAGUACAUGUUCAACAAGGACAACGGCCAGGCCCCCUUCACCAUCACUCCCGUCUUCUCAGACAUCCCGGCCCACGGGAUGGAGCCGAUGAACAACGCCACCAAGGGCUGUGCCGAGCCCGUGGACGAGGUCACCGGGCCCUGCAGCUGGUGCGGCCCCCGCCCCCAGCCGCCGCCCCCGCCUGUCCCCUGGAGAAUCUGGGGCCUGGACGCCAUGUACGUCGUCAUGUGGGCCACCUACAUGGCGUUUUUGCUCAUGUUUUUUGGAGCCAUUUUUGCCGUGUGGUGCUAUAGAAAACGGUACUUGGUCUCCGAGUACACCCCCAUUGAUAGCAGCAUAGCUUUCCCGAUGAGUGUCAGCGACACAGGGGAGGCCUCCUGCUGCGACCCGCUUGGUGCCGCAUUCGAGGGCUGCUUGAGGCGGCUCUUCACCCGGUGGGGCUCCUUCUGUGUCCGAAACCCCGGCUGUGUCAUUUUCUCCUCCCUGGCCUUCAUCGUCGCCUGCUCCUCGGGCCUGGUGUUCGUCCGCGUCACCACCAGCCCCGUGGACCUCUGGUCGGCCCCCAGCAGCCAGGCGCGCCUGGAGAAGGAGUACUUCGACACCCACUUCGGGCCUUUCUUCCGCACGGAGCAGCUCAUCAUCCAGGCGCCGCACACCGCCGUGCACACUUACGAGCCAUACCCCUCGGGGUCCGACGUGCCCUUCGGACCUCCGCUCGACAAAGGGAUUCUGCACCAGGUUCUUGACUUACAAACAGCCAUUGAACACAUCACUGCAUCUUACAACAACGAGACCGUGACCCUCCAGGACAUCUGCUUGGCCCCGCUCUCCCCGUAUAACAAGAACUGCACCAUCCUGAGUGUGUUAAAUUACUUCCAGAACAGCCACUCCAUGCUGGACCACGAGAUAGGGGACGACUUCUAUACCUAUGCGGAUUACCACACGCACCUGCUGUACUGUGUCCGGGCUCCUGCCUCGCUGAACGACACCAGCCUGCUGCACGACCCCUGCCUGGGGACCUUUGGGGGGCCUGUGUUCCCGUGGCUGGUGCUGGGAGGCUAUGACGAUCAAAACUACAAUAACGCCACCGCCCUGGUGAUGACCUUUCCUGUCAAUAAUUACUACAACGACAUGGAGAAGCUCCAGCGGGCCCAGGCCUGGGAAAGAGAGUUUAUUAACUUUGUGAAAAACUACAAGAACCCAAAUCUCACCAUUUCCUUCACUGCUGAGCGAAGUAUUGAAGAUGAACUAAACCGUGAGAGUAACAGUGACAUCUCCACCGUGGUGACCAGCUAUGCCGUCAUGUUUCUGUACAUUUCCAUCGCCUUGGGGCACAUCCAGAGCUGCAGCAGGCUUCUGGUGGAUUCCAAGGUCUCCCUCGGCAUCGCGGGCAUCUUCAUUGUGCUGAGCUCAGUGGCCUGCUCGCUGGGCAUCUUCAGCUACGUUGGGGUCCCCCUCACCCUCAUUGUGAUCGAGGUCAUCCCCUUCCUGGUGCUGGCGGUCGGGGUGGACAACAUCUUCAUUCUGGUCCAGACCUACCAGAGAGACGAACGCCUUGAAGGGGAGACCCUGGACCAGCAGCUGGGCAGGGUCCUGGGAGAAGUGGCCCCCAGCAUGUUCCUGUCGUCCUUUUCAGAGACGGUGGCCUUUUUCUUAGGAGCCCUGUCGGUGAUGCCCGCCGUGCACACCUUCUCGCUGUUUGCCGGGAUGGCCGUCCUCAUCGACUUCCUGCUCCAGAUCACCUGCUUCGUGAGCCUCCUGGGGUUGGACGUCAAGCGUCAGGAGAACAACCGGCUGGACAUCCUGUGCUGUGUCCACGGCGGCGAGGAUGGCGCCGGCCUCCAGGCCUCCGAGAGCUGCUUGUUCCGCUUCUUCCGAGACUCCUACUCCCCACUGCUGCUCAAGGCCUGGAUGCGGCCGAUCGUGAUGGCCGUGUUCGUGGGCGUUCUCUCCUUCAGCAUCGCCGUCCUGAACAAGGUGGAAAUUGGAUUGGACCAGUCUCUCUCAAUGCCAGAAGACUCCUACGUGAUGGACUAUUUCAGGUCCCUCAGCCAGUUCCUGCACGCGGGCCCACCCGUCUACUUCGUGGUGGAGGAGGGGCUGGACUACACAUCCCUGCAGGGGCAGAACCUGGUGUGCGGGGGCAUGGGCUGCAACAACGACUCGCUGGUGCAGCAGCUGUUCGACGCGGCCGAGCUGGAUGCCUACACCCGGAUCGGCUUCGCCCCCUCGUCCUGGAUCGACGACUACUUCGACUGGGUCAAGCCGCAGUCCUCGUGCUGCCGGGUCCACAGCAGCUCCGGGCAGUUCUGCAACGCCUCGGUGGCCGACCCUGGCUGCAUCCGCUGCAGGCCUCUGACUCCCGAGGGCAAACAGCGGCCCCAGGGGGGAGACUUCAUGCGGUUCCUGCCCAUGUUCCUCUCCGACAACCCGAACCCCAAGUGUGGCAAAGGGGGACAUGCUGCCUACGGGUCGGCCGUUAACAUCCUGGGCAAUGACACAGGUGUGGGCGCCACCUACUUCAUGACCUACCACACCGUGCUCCAGACCUCUGCUGACUUCAUCGACGCCAUGAGAAAGGCCCGGCUCAUUGCUGGUAACAUCACCCAGACCAUGAGCCAGGGAGGAAGCAACUACCGCGUAUUUCCAUACAGUGUGUUCUACGUCUUCUACGAGCAGUACCUGACCAUCAUAGAGGACACCGUCUUCAACCUCUGCGUGUCCCUGGGGGCCAUCUUCCUGGUGACCGUGGUGCUGCUGGGCUGCGAGCUGUGGUCUGCGGUGAUCAUGUGCGUCACCAUCGCCAUGAUCCUGGUCAACAUGUUUGGUGUCAUGUGGCUGUGGGGCAUCAGCCUGAACGCGGUCUCCCUGGUCAACCUGGUCAUGAGCUGCGGCAUCUCGGUGGAGUUCUGCUCCCACAUCACCAGGGCCUUCACAGUGAGCCCGAAGGGCAGCCGCGUGGCGCGUGCAGAGGAGGCGCUCUCCCACAUGGGCAGCUCCGUAUUCAGUGGAAUCACACUUACAAAAUUUGGAGGGAUUGUGGUGUUGGCCUUUGCCAAGUCUCAGAUCUUCCAGAUAUUUUACUUCAGGAUGUACCUAGCUAUGGUCUUGCUGGGAGCCGCGCACGGGCUGGUCUUCCUUCCUGUCCUCCUCAGCUACAUAGGGCCAUCCGUAAAUAAAGCCAAAAGCCUGGCCACGCAACAGCGACACAGAGGCACAGAGAGAGAGCAGCUCAAUUUCUAGCCCCUCACGGGGCCUGGGGACUUGGAACUGUGUCUGCGGGUCGGUCAGUUCCCUGGUGGAAGGAGCUGCGUUGUCAGGUUAAGUUGAACACGGGACGUCACCAGACUCAGGCGAUGGAUCUGACAGCAGCCGCUCUGGCCACGCGCCUGUCCACUCAGGAAUGUGUUACUAACCCUGGAGGCAGCCCUGGACGCGUCUCCAGUUCGCCCGGCAUGAAACCCGACUCUCAGCGAGGGAAGGUUGACACUGGAUGCUGUGGAGGCGCUCGGCUCCCUGGCCGUCGUGAAGGCCAAUCAGUGCAAUACUGCUCCUUUUUGAGGAGUGAGCCACCACACAAAUUCCACCGCAUUUUUAGUAACAUUUGAGGAUGUUGCAGGUACUUUAUUAUAGUAUUUUGUAGUUUAAAGAGCUUUAUUAAUGCAAUAAAUUAACUUUAUACAUUUUA